AUGUGCCGAGCAGGGCUGCAGCACAUGGCAGCAACAGCAGCAACACUUGCAGCAGAUAUGAUGCCGGCGGAGCUGCACGACGCGCUGCAGCAGCUGGCUGCGCUGUCAUCUGGGGCAGCAGCAGAUAGCAGCAGCAACACACACACACCUGCAGCAGCACAGCAGCAGCAGCAGCAGCAGCAGCAGCAGCAGCAACAGCAGCAGCAGCUACCGCACGCUCCCGGCAUACCCGUCCCUUUUCUUAGCCUGGAUGGCCCUGAUAUCUGUGUGCACUUCACACCAGCAGCAACUACAGCAGCAACAGCAGCAACAGCAGCAGCAGCAGAUGCGGCCUCAGAGAUAGAAGAAAGAGCAGCAGCAAAGACAGUAGGAGGGAAAGCUGCAGACCUACCAGCAGCAUCCAGCGCCUCUGGCGAUGCAAGCGGGCCUGUGCAGCAGCAGCAGCAGCAGCAGCAGCAGGUGGAGCAGCAGCAAGAGUCGCAACAGCAGCAAGAGCAGCAGAUGCUGCAACUGAAUGAGCAGCAGCUGCGUCUGCUUUGUGCUGCUGUUGCUGUGCUGCAUGAUGCAGCAGCAGAGGAGCUGCGGGCCUUCUGGGAGGCCUCACCGCAUCUGCUGCAGCAGGUGCAGCGAGCUGCUGCAGCAGAUGCAGCAGCAGCAGCAAGCAGCAGCGGCAAGCAGCAACAUAAACCCACAGAUCUGCUGCUGACAACAUGCAAGGAGGGGCCUGCUGCUGCUGCACUGCAGCAGCUGGAGCAACUCGCAGGCGGACGGAAGAACCUGCUGCUGCUGCUGGGUCUUAGGCCAGCAGCAGCAGCAGCAACAGCAGCAGCAGCAGCAACAACAGCAGCAACAGCAGCAGCAGAAAUGGAAAGCAGCACAUGCGCAUCGAAUGUGCCUGAAGAAAGACAAAAUGUUCGUGCCGACGCCGCCACUUCAGCAGCAGCAGGCACGGCAGCAGCAGCAGCAGCAGCAGAGCCGACAGCAGCAGCAGCAGCUUCAGCCCCUCGCGUUGUAUCUUUAGCAGAUAUUAAAGACAUCUUCCUGCUGCAAGACAUGCAGCAGCAGCAGCAGCAGCAGCAGCGGCGGAGCAGCAGCGCCGCCACCGUGUCGGUGGUUUCUGUGGGCUCAAGCGUCGGGACCUCCCCAGCAGCAGAUACAGCAGCAGCAGCAGCAGCAGCAGAUGGCCCUGGCGCUGCAUCUUCGACUCCAGCAGCAGCAGGAGCAGCAGGAGCAGUACCCACAGCAGCAGCAGCAGAAGAGCGGACGGGGCUGCAGCAAGUGGCGCUGCAGCUGCAGCAGCUGCAUGCAGCAGUCCGAGAGGAAACACGCAAGCUGCAGGAGCUCUCCUCUUUCUACGAUAUGUUUGCUGCUCAAUCUCUUGGCAUUGCUGCAGAUACACCGUAG